GUUGGACUUGUCAUAUUAUUCAAUUCAAAUCUGAAAUCCGCGAACAUUGUGUUCAAUGAUAAAGUACUAGAAUAAAUUAAAUAGUAAUAAAGUAUAUUAAAAUAUGAAUAUUCAAAAGAGCGAGUCCAAAGAAAAUAGACCUCCAAUUGUUGGGCGAUCUCUAGUGCCGUCUACAAGUACACCGAUGAUUCAAGCGACAACAGAUGGUUUCAAAGUACCAACACUGCCUGUAAGUCGACCCCUCGCUCACAAUAACAAAGCAACAGUAGCAGGAGAACCUGUAAAACCUGAAGGAAAGAAAGAGGAGAAAAAGAAGCAAUGGACUAUAGCGGAUUUUGACUUAGGACGACCACUGGGCAAAGGUAAAUUUGGAAAUGUUUACUUAGCUAGAGAGAAAGAAUCGCACUACGUAGUUGCUCUAAAAGUAUUGUUCAAAAGUCAAAUUCACGAUUCGGAAAUAGAACAUCAAGUGCGUCGCGAAGUUGAAAUACAAUGUCGCCUUCGACAUCCCAAUAUACUGCGAAUGUACGGUUACUUCCAUGACGAAAAACGCAUAUACUUUAUCUUGGAAUACGCGAAACAUGGUGCUUUGUACAAAUUAUUGAAGGAACGCGGGCGUUUCGAUGAUAGAACUGCAGCUAUAUAUGUAAGAGAUUUAACCAAAGCCCUUAUUUAUUGCCAUUCCAAAAAAGUUAUACAUAGGGAUUUGAAACCUGAGAAUUUAUUAAUUGGCCACAACUGGGAGCUGAAGAUAGCUGAUUUUGGUUGGUCUGUGCACUCUCCAUCUUCUAGACGUAUGACAUUAUGUGGCACUUUGGAUUAUUUAUCACCUGAAAUGAUAGAUGGGAAACCACAUAGCUAUGCAGUGGAUAUUUGGAGUUUGGGAGUGUUAUGCUACGAGUUAUUAGUUGGUUUACCUCCAUUUGACGCUAAGGAUUCUCACCAAACAUAUAAAAAGAUACGCUAUGUCAUAAUAAAAUAUCCAGAAUUUGUCUCCGAGAAAGCUAAAGACUUGAUGGGAAAAUUAUUAGUGAUUAAUCCAGAACAAAGGCUACCGCUAGCAAGUGUUCUCCAGCAUCCAUGGAUCAUAGAAAAUGCCCCUGAAGGUGCAACAGCACCUGCUUUCAAUCCUGAACCAAAACAAUUGUAGUGUUAAUUUUAUAAAGUGUCCUUGUUGCUCUAAUAAUGGUAUUUUUAUAUGACAGAACCAUUGAACAAAUUUUAUCA